AUGAAUGCAGACCACGUUGCCGACGGACCCACGCAUGUCCAUGGCACCGUAGAGAUCCUUUCCGGUGCUGCCCCCAUCGAAAGCGAGGAGGUCGGCGCCGCUAUAGAUAGGCUCCAUGAUGACACAGAAAAGGUCUCUCUAGAUGUCGACGGGAGAGAGCCAACGGACGAAGAAAAGAUUGCCCUUCGGAAGGUCGCUGGUAGCAUCCCAUGGAUCUCUUGGGUGCUCUGCGCAGCCGAGGUGGCCGAACGCGCAAGUUAUUAUGGCGCCAGUCAGGUUUUCAACGAUUAUAUGCAGUUCCCUCUUCCCGAGGGCGGCAAUGGAAGCGGUGCCGUCCCAAAGGACGACCCUAAUGGCCAUUCCGGCGCAUUGAACCAAGGUCUGCAGUUCGCCUCAGCGUUUAGCACCUUGUUCACCUUUUUGGCCUAUGUCUUUCCUAUCCUGGGUGCCUAUAUCGCUGAUUCACAUCUCGGACGGUUCAAGACAAUCAUCGUUGGCGUUACCAUUGGUGCUAUUGCCCAUGUUAUCAUGAUUGGUGGAGCUGCUCCGUCUCUUCUCAAAGCCGGCAAAGGGCUCGCGCCCUUCAUUGUAUCGUUUUUUACCUUGGCUAUCGGUGCUGGUAUCUUCAAGCCCAACGUGGCACCGAUCGUCGUUGACCAAUACAAAGAUCAGCGACAGAUUAUCAAGACGCUCAAGUCGGGCGAAAGGGUCAUCGUUGAUCCAGAGACGACGAUUCAAAGAGUGCUCAUUAUUUUCUAUGCCGCGGUAAACGUUGGUGCCUUCUUCGCCAUUGCAACCACGUACACCGAAAAAUAUGUUGGUUUCUGGCUGUCGUUCCUCCUGCCGGGUAUCGUCUACUUCCUGCUGCCUUUCCUCUUGCUGAGUAUCUAUAAAAAGAUCAUCAAUAAGAGGCCUCAAGGAUCUGAGCUGGUCAACUUCUUCAAAAUCAUUUGGGCCAGCCUCAGAUAUAAUAAGUUUCAAGUUUGGAAGAAAGAUUUUUGGUCCGCAGCCACUCCAUCCAAGCUAUCAGAGCAAGGGAUUCAGGUAGGAUGGACGGAUCGAGCUGUGCUAGACGUGCAGCGUACCAUCGAAGCCUGUGUCAUCUUCCUCUAUUUCCCCGUUUAUAAUAUCAACGACGGAGGUGUUGGUGCCGUACAGUCAAACCAGGGCGCAUCCAUGACGAAUAAUGGAGCACCAACCGAUUUGCUUGGUAACUUCAAUCCUCUUGUCAUCAUUGCCGUCGCGCCAGUCCUUUCGCACGGAUUGUAUCCUCUCUUGGCCAGAUAUGGUAUCAAAUUUGGUCCCAUCCGCCGCAUGACAUUCGGCUUCAUGCUCGCAGCAAUCUCAGGUGCUAUUGGUGCCAUCGUCCAGUGGAGGGUUUAUGAAACGAGCCCCUGCGGCUACCAAGCCAGCACUUGCGACGACGUGUCUCCCAUCAACAUCUGGUGGCAGAUUCCCAAUGUUGCUCUCGGUGCCAUUUCCGAGCUCUUCUGUAACGUCACUGCAUAUGAGUUGGCAUAUGCGCGAUCUCCGCCUCAUCUCAAGUCUGUUGUCUUUGCUCUCUUCUUAUUCACCACCGCCCUGUCAAGCGCACUCGGCGAGAUUCUGAUUCCGGCCAUUAUCGACCCGCAUUUGAUCUGGGUUUGGGCUGGUCCAGCCAUUGCACUCUUUGUCCAAACAAUCGUCUUCUGGGUUAGACACCAUAAACUCGAUGAUGAUGUCUAUAUGCUAGAGCAAGACACACCUACACAGUCGCAGGCUCAGCUGACACAAUCGGAGCCAGUGGAGGAGAAUGUUUGGUGUUGUAUUAUAUGUGCUGGAGAUAAGAGCGGAUCAAAAGGCGAGGGAAGCAGGUUUAAGUCACGUCACUUGUACAUGACAAGCCCGACUCCGAAGCCGAACCCAGUGCCGAGUCGGCUUCGGGUUGCUUUGAACGGGGCAGUUCCAAAACUAGACCAGAAGGCUGCUACCGUACCCGGUAUUACUUCUCGGGGCGUGUUGUAA